AUGGAAAACGGCAAACCAAAGACAAAGAAAAGGAAAUAUAGCAGAAAUGGGUGUAAGGAAUGUAAGCGACGCAAACAGAAAUGCGAUGAGGGAAAACCAGCAUGCCAUCAAUGCACAAGAUUGCAUAAAGUAUGCAUUUACGAUCUUGAAAGACCAAUUAGGUUUGAAAAUCUGGGGUAUAUUCUUGCAGUGCAAGAGACGGAACACAAUCGAGGAAACAGAAAUGACACGGGUAGCAAGUUAACGGGCCAGACUCCUACAAAAAUGUCCUCGAAACAUGUUUCUUCUGUACCAAUACCCAAUCUGCUCACACCUCUUCUGCUACCGGAGAUGGACUUCAAUGAGUCAAUUGGAAGUCUCGAUCUACAAGUUGCAAAAGAUCUCUUGGACGACGCAAACUCGCUCGUUACUAAUAUCCAUGAUCUCGCUACACAUGAAUUGACAUUAGAUGAUAUAAUAAUCCCAGAGAUAGCAGAUAUGCCGCACUUGUCACCCGAGAGCUUGGCACCAGAAGCCAUUUUGGGAACUGUGAAUAACAGGAAACUCGCAAACGAGGUGAUUGAAAAAUAUGAUUUACAAGACGCAGACAAAGAGCUUUUGACAAGCGUAUGUCUCGGUCCCAAGUCCUAUUUAAUAUUCCCAUUUGCAUCGUCGGUUGAGUCCAACCAGGUAAUGACAGUUCUACUCCAGCACCUGAAGUCUUGCCCAUAUCUUCUAUACUCUCUUCUUGCAAUCUCUGCAACCUUUCAAUUCAAUCUUGGAAAUGAACACUGUGAUGUUAUCUCCAGAACUCAUAUUUCCACCUGUUUGAAGCUACUCAGCGCAGCAUUUUCUCCAGAGCUUAGUGAAAAUGUCAACAAGAGCAUUUGGAAUGACAUUGAAGGUCUUCUUCUUACUGUCUUGGUGCUCACCACCAAUUUUGCAGCAAGUUACAAGGUGAACAAAGUGGGCAUCUUGCACUCAUGGAGAACCCAUCUUCGUGGUGCCAAGGACUUGCUUCUCAAUUACAUCCUCAACUACAAGCGACGAAAUAUUUCACCUGGUCUAGCACUUGCAAAGCUUUGGUACUUUGCUAUCGAGAUGACAGCCGGCUUGAACUCUCCCCUUGGAGGUACCUUGAGCAAGGUCAGAAAACUGGACAAACCACAGAUCAAAUCAGAAAAUAGAGAAACAGUCGAACAAGCCCAAGAAGAUGAACUAUUGUUCUUGGAUACUGGCUUCUUUGAUGAACACAGCAAUCCGGAAUACUAUCGAAUAUUGGUCCAGUCACAACUUGUGACCACUGGUGCUCACCCAUUCAACCUAUUUCUAGGAUACACCAUUGAGUAUGUGAGAGCCGCCGAAGAGCUAGUACGAGGGAUAAUUUUUCUUAGGGAACAUCCCAACAACCGAUUAUCGACAAACCAAAUUGCAAAGAUUACUUCAUUGAUUUACCAAUCUCUUCAGGCUACAGUCAUUCCCGGCGUAAAUCUCAAGACAUUCGAAGUACUGGAUACAGUUCAGGUAGAUAUACCUGCUUCUCUUGCAAUUUCAGAAGGAAAGCGAGUAUCAUGGUUUGAUCUUGCCCAACAAGUGCACACCAAUCAUCUUUAUCUCAAGAUGCUAAUAACCCCUGGCAUGAUGAACCUUCCCAAAACCCACCAUCUAGUCAGAGAGUUGGUAUCAACUCUAAUUGAAAGUCUAGUAAUGGUGAAGAAACGAAGUUCCGAUGGCUCAUUCUAUCUCGAUCGCAACAUAUUUGACAGUAGGGCCAUGAUGAUUCAAUCGCCUAUUGUCCAAUGCAUUGAGUUGAUAGAUAACCUUGACGACCUAGAAAAGGCAAGUUUGUAUUUCCAUGGCCUUGUCGAGCUAGGAACUGGUAGUGCAGCAGCAGCCUGCGAAAGAGUACGAAAGCAUCGCAUUAAUUUGCAGCAAUUAAAAUUUGAAGAUAUUUCCUACCACGAUCCUGAGGUGGAAACACUUCCAUUUUCAUGA